GGGGCGGGUUCAAGGGGAAGGUAGAGGAUUGAAGCAAACGAGGGUCAAUAACUUGUUCGUGUAGCUGUAGUUAUAACAGUUUAUAACAAUUUGGCCUCACUUGUACCUCUGCAGACAGACAACAGUGUAACAAACCGUAGCUAACAGCCUGCGGACAGCCAUGGACGACGUGACAGGAGCUCAGCUGAUAGCUGAGUCUCUGAAGGCUCAGAAAGUGGAGUAUAUGUUUGGGAUCGUUGGUGUUCCUAUCAUGGAAGUGGCCAUGGCUGCUCAGGCUGAAGGGAUCAAAUAUGUGGGAAUGCGUAAUGAACAAGCGGCAUGCUAUGCAGCAUCUGCUGUUGGAUACCUCACUGGAAGACCAGGUGCCUGCCUGGUGGUGUCUGGACCUGGACUCAUUCAUGCUCUGGGUGGAAUGGCCAACGCUAACAUCAACUGCUGGCCGGUGGUUGUUAUUGGAGGCUCCUCGGAUCGAAACCAGGAAACAGCAGGAGCCUUUCAGGAGUUUCCUCAGGUGGAAGCAUGUCGCCUUUAUAGCAAGUUCUCUGCAAGGCCCAGCAGUCUGGAAGCCAUCCCCUCAGUGAUAGAGAAGGCAGUUCGCACAAGCAUGUAUGGGCGUCCAGGUGCUUGUUACGUGGACAUUGCAGGGGACAUGGUCAAUGCUAAAGUGGACAGGAGCACAGUCAGAGUUGUGUCCUGCUGUCCAGCUCCACCAGUCAGUUUGGCUCCCCACAGUGCAAUCACUGAAGCCAUCUCUGUCUUGAAAGCAGCUAAAAGACCGUUAGUCAUCAUCGGCAAAGGAGCAGCCUAUGGUCGAGCAGAAACUGUUCUGAGGGAGUUUGUGGAAAUGAGCGGUCUGCCAUUUCUGCCUACCCCCAUGGGGAAAGGGGUCCUACCUGAUGAUCAUCCCAACUGUGUGGCUGCUGCCCGCUCGAGAGCUCUUCUCCAGGCUGACGUUGUGCUUCUGCUUGGAGCCAGGCUGAAUUGGAUCCUGCAUUUUGGUCUGCCACCUAGAUUUGACCCCGAUGUCAAGAUCAUCCAGGUUGACCUUUGUGCUGAGGAGAUGGGGAACAACGUGAAACCUGCUGUUGCUCUCCUGGGAGACAUCAACGCUAUUGUCACUCAGCUCCUAGAGGGUGUACAUAAAGAUGGCUGGAAAUAUCCCUCUGACACAGAGUGGUGGAGCACACUGAAGAACAAAAUCGCUGCUAAUGCAAAAAUAUCUAAGGCACUCGCUCUUCAGUCAACGAUGCCCAUGAACUACUACACAGUGUUUCACCACAUUUCCCAGCUGCUGCCACAUGACUGUAUCAUUGUCAGCGAGGGUGCAAACACUAUGGAUAUAGGACGCACUAUGUUGAACAACUACCUACCUCGACACAGGUUGGAUGCUGGAACAUUUGGAACAAUGGGAGUUGGCCUUGGCUUUGCUAUAGCUGCAGCCGCUGUGGAGAGGAGCGAGAAUAAAAACCAAAGGAUAGUGUGUGUGGAAGGAGACAGUGCCUUUGGAUUUUCUGGCAUGGAGGUUGAAACCAUGUGCAGGUAUAAUCUGCCUGUGGUCAUCAUUGUGGUCAACAAUAAUGGUAUUUACAGCGGAGUGGAUCCUGAGACGUGGAAAGAAAUGGCAAAAAUGGGAGAUCUGACCUCUAUAGCCCCUCCUGUGACCCUGCUACCUGAGGCGCGCUAUGAUGAGGUCAUGACAGCAUUUGGAGGUCGAGGGUUCCUGGUGAGGACGGUGGAGGAGCUGCGCAGUGCUUUGCAGCUUAGCCUGAGUGACUGGGAGAAACCAAGUCUCCUAAAUGUGUUCAUUGACCCGUCCUCCGACAGAAAACAGCAGUUUGGUUCAACUUGGCCCGUCAGCACAGCGCAGCAGGGAUAUCUGUCUCCAUUACAACAUUGCUGCCUGCUUGAAGGUGUGUCUUCAACUGAUGACGGCUUGUCUUGAGUGAUGAAGCAGCAGGCGUAUUCCUGGCUAAAGUCCCCUGUUAUCCCCGCAGCAAGUGUUUUUCCAUCACACAGCACAGCAGGUAAAAGAAGUUUACUUGUUGGAAGUGAGCUGUUUGCAGAGUUGCCCUAGGAGUCUGAUGUCAUCAGCUCUUCAUCUAACAUCUCACCGGCUGAUUCUACUUUUACUCAUCCUCCCUACCAAAUGAGUUAGAUCCACCCUUCGCACCACCCUCUCAGCCAAAUAUGGUCGUUUCUGGCUCUAAAAAACAAGAUGGUGACGGUGGAAAUGCCGAAUUCAAGGUUUCAAAACAGCAGUCCACAAACCAGUGGGUGGUGUCACAGGAGCUACGUCCAUUAUUAGAUACAAUCUAUUGUAAUAACAGGCAGGGAAUCCACAAAAUCAAUCCUGUGCAAAUGUCACACCCCCUGGUGGUUGAGGAUGUAAUUGAUGCUGUAACUGCACUUUUCUGCUGCUUUCACACUGUUGUGUGUCGGUGUUUCUCCAACAUCGUCAAUGCCUCAACCCAGGGAGCUGAGACUUCCUCUGGCGAAGAUUAAAUCGUAAUGAUUUAAUCAGGUCCUCAUUCUCUAGGAGGCCUGGAACCUCCACUGGAUAAAUGUUGAGGGGUUUCCUGUCUGCCAUCAGAACAGAAUAAGACACCUUUAGCAUCACAGUGAAUGUAAGUGGUUGAAUCCAAAUGUCCAGGCUUAUGUGCACUCGCAGAUUUAGCGACCUUAUGGGCAUGCACAGGGCCUAAAGCUGCCCAAAUCCACAAUUUAUGCACACUUUUUGCAGACUUCCAGAGAACUGGAUUAAAAGGUCAAGAACUUGGCAUUGGUCAUAAGAAUUGAGACCUUAAGUCUUGUCUCAUACCACUUUCUAUCCCUCAGCCCUUUCAGACAUGAAGUGAUGACAGUGAGCCCUUUUGACACGUGACAGUAUACGUGACCAAAGGCAGCCCCUGUUUCAUUUUCACCUGGUGCCCACCAAGUUGAAGUUGAGAUGGACAAUGACUCGAAUGACACUGACGGUCGCAGCAGCAAAGCCAGGCGCAAUUAAAAGCUGCAGCAUCUCGGGUCACGAGUCGUGUAGAGCAACAGACAACUUGAUGUUUACUUGGCUCGUCUCAUCCUCGUAGCGCUGCGUGAAUGACGUGCCUCACUCAAUAGUAAUCUGCGCACUCCAGGUGCACGACAGAACUGUUGUAUUCCUCUCACAGUCCCUCCACCUCACACCAACCUGACCUUUCUAUUUCAGGGUCCCCAUAAUUAGAAAGCAUGGCCCUCUGUGUUUAUGUUGAAUGUAUCCACGCAACCCCUCGCAGACAUGUUUGAAGGUUGUAUUGAGGACUGUAUCCAUGGUGCUAAGCUCUCUGUCCCCUUAUUUGAGGUGUUUGACUCCAGACUGUUCUCCACAUUCAGUCUCAGUGGAUGAAGAUGAACUCAGGUUUAACCUCAGGUCUAAUAUAAUGCUGUG